UCUAUGCGGUGAAGGUGUUGUAUGACUCAUCCAAAGCUAGUUGGUUCAGACUAAUUUGGUGGAGGCCCAUUUGCAUCCUGACUGAUAAGAGUACGCCUUUGGAUGAACGACCAUCGUCUCUACAAUGGUUUAUGUGCUGGGAUUUCUGUUUCUCAUGUUUCGUUCAUGUACCUGGGGUGCUAUUACGUUCACACAAAGUCCACCUGCUGUAACGGUGGCGCCGGGAGCGACGGUGACGCUCUCCUGCCCUCAACAUGGUGACAACGAGGCGAAAAGCAUGGGUUGGUACCGACAGGUAGAACCGGGGAAGAUGCUGCAGUAUGUCGUUUUCUUAAGAAGCGAUCUCAAUAUUACUUACGGAGAUCAUAUUGAAAGAGACCGUUUCAAGCCUUCCCGGGAAGCCUCGAAGGGUAACAUCACCUACUUCCUGACCAUCCGCAAUGCCAUGAAGGAAGACGAGGCUAAGUACUUCUGUGCCGUUUGGUUUGCGAGCUCCCGGGGAUUUAUCCGAGGAAACGGGACGUGGCUCCAUGUCACCGGAAAACCUAUAUCGGCACCCACAGUGCGGCUUUUUCCUCCUUCAAGUGAUGAACUAGCUACUGGAAUGGGGACAGUUUGUUGUCUCAUUGAGGGAUUCUAUCCGAGAUCAGUGGAGGUGCUUUGGAGUGUGGAUGGUGAUGCAACAUCUGAAGGUGUGUCUACAACUCCUCCUGUGCCAGACAAGGGAAAUGUCUAUAGUGUAAACAGUUACUUAUUGCUCACAGCAUUUGAAUGGAAAUAUCACAGCUUUUUCUCUUGCACAGUUAGACAUGACCCAAGCGGUACCAUAAUUCAAAAGUCUGUUCAUUCAGAACAUGCAUAAAAUUAAAACCUUUAAUUUUCCCAAGCUUGCUACUAAUAACUAAUCUUCUUGGAUGUAUAAUCUGUUCAGCUAAUCGUAAGGAUAUUUUAUUCUAACUUCAAUAAUCAGUAUAACAAUUAGCAAGUGUUAAGAUUAAGCUGUUGAAGGUUAAGGCUUACAGCUUGGCAGAAAUACUAGACACAGUGUGUUAAUUCAUUCUAGUUAGCUGAUCCAUCAACAGAUCUAAUAAAGAAUUUAUGCAUGUGUUUGCAACCACUGACUACACUUACUUUAUACUAGUCCAUACACUUCAGUAUACCCACUUAAGAACUCAUCUUUGGUCAGUUUCUAAUAGUGGUUAAAUGUGUGUACCUCUGCACAAUCAGAGAAGAUAUGCCAGAUAAAGAUAUGUAACUAACUGAAUACUGCAGUAAUAAAAAUGUGUUGUAUUUUAAGUUCAGAUUUCUUAGGUAAUAUUUUUCCAUUUAUGAAUGUUUUAUUAAGCUUUAAACUUUUCUGAGACUACUAUAAUAUAAAGUUUACAUCAGAUGCUUUUGUGGAAGACCAAAUAGCAUCAGUCCUAACUGGAAAAAUGGACACAUCUGUUACAUGUAUCAUAAAUUACAGAACUAACAGUCACUGAAACAAAGCUGACCAGAAGAAAAUGACAUGUUUCACCUGUUAUGCUUUAUUAAAAUAAUUUCUAGGGGAACACCAAACUCUAGAAUAAAGUACAUCACCUUUUUCUUUC